GAAAGUACGGUGUAAGCGCGCAUCAUGCACGCUUCUUAAACGGAGAGCGAAGAGACGUAAAGCAAGAAAUUCUUCAUCGAAAAAUACAACGCGAGAAAUUCCUCGUUGAAGAAAUACAACACGAGAAAUUCCUCACCCGAAGAAGUACAACACAAUUAAAACUGUCUGACCGUGAUAGGUAACACCAUUUGGACUCGAAGCCUCAUGAAACCAGCCAUGAUGGGUCCUAUAAAAGAGAACAUGAAUAAUGCCAAAUCAGAGCUGAAACUGAUUUCACCGACGGAGAAGCACUGGUUAUGCGGCGGCAACAGAAGCAUCACCAUGGCUGCGACUCUGUUGCAGCAGGGCAAGGUGAUCGCAGUACCGACGGAUACCAUCUACGGAUUGGCUGCUCUGGCAUCUGACAUAUUCGCGAUCGAGCAACUGUACGAGAUCAAGAAACGGGACGAGAAGAAACCACUGGCGAUCUGCCUGGGCAACGUAAACGACGUGCCACAUUGGGCGGUCACUGACCACUUGCCGCACCGUUUACUGGAGGACCUGCUUCCCGGACCUUACACCAUAAUCCUGAAACGUAAAUCCUGCCUGAAUCCCGCGCUCAACCCCGACACCGACAGUGUGGGUAUCCGCGUGCCGAAUUCCAAGUUCAUGCUUAACGUAGCGAAAAUUGUCGGCCCGAUCGCGCUUACCAGCGCGAACGUCAGCAACGAGCCGAGCAGUGUGCAUCCCGACGAGUUCUCCGCGUUGUGGCCCGAGCUCAGUGGCAUCUUUUACGAAAUAUCGAAGAGUAGGCAGAAAUUAAGUGAUAGAAUUGGUUCCACUGUGGUGGACUUGUCACAACCAGGCUAUUAUAAGAUCGUACGUCACGGUAUCAAGUUUCAGAUUAUCUCAGGCACACUGAAGAAUGCUGGCCUGAAGAUGAUCACAUCCGAGCGACGUGAACCAGAGUGCGAGUCUAGGGAUAUUCUGAAAAAUUGUGAAAUAUAAAUACGAAGAUCCCAAGUGUACAUAGUAGACAUUCCGAUUUUUUUUCUUUAUACAAAGACUCGGUGUUUAUAUUCGAUGUUAACUUCUAGUUUUGUAGAAUCAACAUCGCGAUUACAUAUACACGUACAUCCUGUGAAUAUGUGAAUUCCGUGUUGUGAGAGAAAAAACAAUAAAAUACUACUUGUGUAUUGUAUUAGAAAAAAAAAAACGAAAGACAGUGGUUCUCUUAAAAUUUCAUUUUUAUUGCAACUCAUUCGUGUUCUAAGAACUCUUCUGGCACAUUUCAUACUUCGUACGUGACAACUCAUCAAAUAAAUCUUCAAUAAAUUAUUCGUUAAAAGUUACUGUUUAAAUUAAAAUAUACUCAUAUAUACAUACACAUACACACACAUAUA